CCGUCGCACUCUUCACCUUCGUAACCACCGGCCGCCGCUGGUAGCGUCUCUUGUCUCCCUCGGCAGUUCAGCGCUCUAGCCGUUCAGAGAAGAUUAUCUCCGGAGUCUGGCGACUUAACUUAGAAUUUAUGGUGACUUGUGAUUGAUGGUCAUUAGUGUUGCCAGAGUUCAGAAGUUCUUGAAUGUAUCUCUGGAUUUCAUUACUUCUUCUAUUGGUAUAGUUUGUACGGUUGGCAAUCAGAGAGCCUUUAAUUCAAUGACAGAUUCCCAAGUAGAUGGUGCGUCCAGUUUGCUUCCUCUUGAUGGAGAAUUUCGUUUUCAGCAUCCUAUUGCAGUGAGCGGGGACAAGUCAUCAAGUGUUCAAUCCACCCCAGAUAUUGAAAAGAAGUAUGUCCAUCACGUAUAUGAUGCCAUUGCUCCUCAUUUCAGCUCCACACGAUUUGCAAAGUGGCCAAAAGUUGCUACUUUUCUCAAUUCCUUGCCACUGGGAUCCCUUAUUUUGGAUGCAGGCUGUGGAAAUGGAAAGUACUUGGGUUUAAAUCUUGAUUGCUUUUACAUAGGCUGUGAUAUUAGUGCUCCUCUUAUCACUAUAUGUGCAGGAAGAGGGCAUGAAGUCAUUGUUGCAGAUGCUGUAAAUCUCCCCUACCGAGCCGAAUUUGGUGAUGCAGCAUUCUCUAUUGCUGUAUUGCAUCACUUAAGCACAGAAAGCAGAAGGAAGAAAGCUAUAGCUGAAUUAGUUCGAGCUGUUAGGAAGGGUGGCAUGGUCCUAAUAACAGUUUGGGCAGUAGAACAAGAGGAUAGGUCAUUGGUUACCAAGUGGACUCCUCUUACCCAGAAGUACACAGAGGAGUGGAUAGGUCCUGGUAGUCCUCGUGUCCGUAAUUCUUCAAUCCUGACACUAGAAAGCAUCCCAGAAACUGAGAAAAAUGGUGCCCGAGAUCAAUUAAGAGAUUCUGAGCAGUUAUCUAAGGACACAACAAGGGAAACUACACAUUUAUCCUUGAAAAAUGAUGAUAGUUCAGUUGCUCUCCAAAAUGGGAAGAAUAUUGAAAAUCAGCAGGAAUAUUUCAUCCCUUGGCACUUGCCUUAUCAUCGUGCUGAAGUUAGUGGUGCCUCUGCUUGUGCUCUUGCAAAUGGACUGGCUAAGAAAGAUGAUAAAAAAGGUGCUGUAGUGUACAAUAGAUAUUACCAUGUCUUCAUUGAAGGCGAGCUUGAAAGGUUAGUCUCCGGAAUAGACAAUACUGUCAUCAUUGAUCGAUUUUAUGACAAGUCCAACUGGUGUAUUAUUCUCAAGAAGACAUAAGCUUGUACAUGCCUUGAGUGUAUGCAAAUUGUAAAAAAUUCUCCAU